UUGAGGAGUGAAGGUGAUGGGAGUAAUGAAACAUAUAUCUUUCAGUUUUAAAUUUUCAGGUACUGUCAUUAUUAUAACUCUCUGAUCAAUUGCCAUUUAAUAGUAAUACACACCCCAACAAAAAAGAAGAAAGGAAGAAAAUCUGCAACUGCAGAAACUUAUCAGAGAGAUGGGGAACCAGCAGGUGCGUUACUGCAUCGGACGGCACAAGAAGAAGCACCAACCCAAUACAAAUACUGCUACAAAUAACCCGCCAAUUCCACAAACAGAAACCCAAACACCUCCUCCUCCUUACAAAUAUCCCUAUCAACAGCCCUCAGUUCCCACGUCAACCACUUCCACAGCCACCAACAACUUGGCUAUGGGAUUGUGUUUGCCGUACACCCACGUGGACUCCGCCUUGCGAGCUCUCGCUGCCCAAGCCGAAGGUUUUGGCCGCUUAGCCAUUGGCGGCCUUCACGGCCCUCUCUACCACGUCACCACUCUUGCCGAUGAUGGGCCAGGAUCACUUCGUGAUGGAUGUCGUAGAAAAGAAGCUCUCUGGAUCGUCUUUGAGGUUUCAGGCAUAAUUGAGCUCAAAUCCUACUUGAACGUCUCAUCUUAUAAAACCAUUGAUGGUCGUGGCCAAAGGAUAAAGCUCGUGGGAAAGGGUUUGAGGUUGAAGGAAUGUGAACAUGUCAUUAUCUGCAAUCUGGAGUUUGAAGGGGGCAGAGGACCUGAUGUGGAUGCAAUUCAAAUUAAACCAAAUUCAAAGCACAUUUGGAUUGAUCGAUGCAGCCUUUCCGACUUUGAUGAUGGUUUAAUAGAUAUAACCAGGGAGAGCACUGAUAUUACUAUUUCUCGGUGCCACUUCUCAAAGCAUAACAAAACUAUUCUUAUUGGGGGAGACCCUUCUCACACUGGUGACAGAUGUAUGCGCGCUACCAUUCACCAUUGUUUUUUUGAUGGGACCCGACAGCGGCAUCCUCGCGUUAGGUUUGCGAAAGUACAUCUAUACAAUAAUUACACCAGAAACUGGGGAAUCUAUGCUAUUUGUGCGAGUGUAGAAUCUGAGAUAUAUUCGCAGUGCAAUAUAUACGAAGCAGGAGAGAAAAAGGUGGCUUUUAAGUACCUCUCCGAAAAGGCAGCUGACAGAGCAGAGGCAAAUACUGGCUGUAUCAAAUCAGAAGGAGACUUGUUCGUCUGUGGAACUCAGGCAGGCUUAUUGACGCAAUCCCAUGAAAGUAACACAUUUCAUCCUAGUGAAUACUAUCCUAGUUGGACAGUUGAACCUCCAAGUGAUGCACUUAAACAUUAUAUCCAGCACUGCACCGGAUGGCAGCACAUACACAGACCUCCUGACCAGUCAGCUGUUGCUCAGCCAUGCUCAUAACAGUGUAUACACACACACACACACACAAAAGCACAUAGCCACAUACACAGACAGACGCCUGGAUAAUGAAUGCCUCUCGUGUUUAAUUCCCUGCAGAAGUCUAGAAGAACAAUGUCAGUCUUUCUCUAAUUGCCCUCUUGAUUUUUCCCCCACUUCUUGUAAGAUGGAGUAUUUCUUUAGGCAGAAUUCUAUCGUCUUAGCUAGUUGGACUAUUCGAUGUGUAUUAUUAAAGCUCUCGAGUUGAUUUGUUAAUGUUGGUUUUUCCUUUUAUGUCUGGAAUGAAACGCGAUUCAACGGCUAAA